GUCUGAGGGGCUCCUGCUUGUCAGGUUCUAGCUCAUGUUUUCUGCCUAGACAUAUGAUCAUUCCCGUGAGACUUCACUGCACGUUUUCUCAAGUGUCUUCCUCAUCCCUAAUGUGUAAUCCUUCAACAUGGACCUGCUACUUUAGCUAAGAUAUGACCAGCAACGAAUAGUAGUAAGAUAUGUGCUGAUUAGACGGCUCAAUUGUGCAGCGUGGAGGAUAAGACAGUGCCUUACAAAAAUGGGGUUUGGGAGUGACCUGAAGAAUUCACAUGAAGCUGUGUUAAAAUUGCAAGACUGGGAAUUACAGUUACUGGAAACAGUGAAGAAAUUUAUGGCCCUGAGAAUAAAAAGUGAUAAAGAAUAUGCAUCUACUUUACAGAACCUUUGUAAUCAAGUUGAUAAAGAAAGUACUAUCCAAAUGAAUUAUGUCAGCAAUGCAUCCAAGGGAAGGAAACUGAAAAGGCUAAGGAACGUUAUGACAAAGCCACAAUGAAACUUCAUAUGUUGCAUAAUCAGUAUGUAUUGGCAUUGAAAGGGGCGCAACUUCAUCAGAAUCAGUAUUAUGACACUACACUUCCUCUGCUUCUGGAUUCCUUACAAAAGAUGCAAGAAGAAAUGAUAAAAGCACUGAAAGGUAUAUUUGAUGAAUACAGCCAGAUAACCAGUCUUGUUACAGAGGAAAUAGUGAAUGUCCAUAAAGAGAUUCAAAUGUCAGUUGAACAGAUAGACCCUGGCACAGAAUACAAUAAUUUCAUAGAUGUUCACAGAACGACGGCUGCUAAGGAGCAAGAAAUUGAGUUUGAUACCUCCUUACUAGAAGACAAUGAAAAUCUACAGGCAAAUGAGAUUAUGUGGAAUAAUUUAACAGCAGAAAGUUUGCAAGUAAUGUUGAAAACUUUAGCAGAGGAACUUAUACAGACACAGCAGAUGCUUUUAAAUAAGGAGGAAGCUGUCCUGGAAUUAGAGAAGAGGAUUGAGGAAUCUUCUAAGACCUAUGAAAAGAAGUCUGAUAUUGUACUUCUGCUAAGCCAAAAACAGACACUUGAAGAGCUAAAACAGUCAGUCCAGCAGCUGAGAUGCACUGAGGCAAAGUUUACAGCACAGAAAGAAUUGCUAGAGCAAAAAGUACAAGAAAAUGAUGGGAAAGAGCCACCUCCAGUAGUAAAUUAUGAAGAAGAUGCACGAUCAGUUACAUCUAUGGAAAGAAAGGAGAGGCUCUCCAAAUUUGAGUCUAUUCGUCAUUCAAUUGCUGGAAUCAUUAGGUCUCCAAAGUCUGCACUGGGCUCUUCAACAUUCUGUGAUACGAUCCCCAUAAUUGAGAAGCCUCUGGCAGAACAGGAUUGGUACCAUGGUGCAAUUCCCAGAAUAGAAGCGCAAGAUCUGUUAAAACAACAAGGAGACUUCUUGGUGCGAGAGAGUCAUGGGAAACCUGGUGAAUAUGUCCUUUCUGUAUUUUCUGAUGGACAAAGGAGACACUUUAUCAUACAAUUUGUUGAUAACAUGUAUCGUUUUGAAGGCACUGGGUUUUCAAAUAUCCCUCAACUUAUAGACCAUCACUAUACAACCAAACAGGUCAUCACUAAGAAAUCAGGUGCAGUUCUGCUGAAUCCUAUUCCUAAGGAUAAGAAAUGGGUUCUCAAUCAUGAAGAUGUCACACUGGGAGAAUUACUGGGCAAGGGAAAUUUUGGUGAAGUAUUUAAGGGCAUAUUAAAGGAUAAAACUGCUGUUGCUGUUAAAACGUGUAAAGAAGAUCUUCCUCAGGAACUGAAAAUAAAAUUUUUACAAGAAGCCAAAAUUCUCAAGCAAUAUGAUCAUCCCAAUAUUGUCAAACUUAUAGGAGUUUGCACACAAAGACAGCCUAUCUACAUAAUUAUGGAACUGGUUCCAGGAGGUGAUUUCCUCUCCUUUCUGAGAAAGAAGAAGGAUGAAAUAAAACUCAAACAAUUAGUGAAAUUUUCAUUAGAUGCUGCUUCUGGUAUGGCCUAUCUUGAGAGUAAAAACUGUAUACACAGGGAUCUUGCUGCAAGAAACUGUCUGGUAGGUGAAAAUAAUGUUCUGAAAAUCAGUGACUUUGGAAUGUCUCGUCAAGAGGAUGGUGGAGUGUAUUCAUCUUCUGGCUUAAAGCAGAUUCCCAUUAAAUGGACGGCACCAGAGGCUCUUAAUUAUGGGAGAUACAGCUCUGAGAGUGAUGUGUGGAGCUUUGGCAUCCUCCUCUGGGAGACCUUCAGCUUAGGGGUCUGCCCAUACCCUGGAAUGACAAAUCAACAAGCUCGGGAACAAGUGGAAAGAGGAUACCGAAUGUCAGCCCCUCAGCAUUGUCCAGAGGACAUUUUUAAAAUUAUGAUGAAGUGUUGGGAUUAUAAACCUGAAAACCGCCCCAAGUUCACUGAACUUCAGAAAGAGCUCACUGUCAUCAAGAAGAAAAUCACAUAGUGACAGAACAGUGCAAACUCAGCCUCCAGGACUUGGUCCUCCAGCAGAGUAAUAUUGUUCUUCUCGUCAACAAUGAGUUUAUACCACGUUAUGUGCAACAGUCUUCUAAGCUUAUUUUUUUUAAUUAACUGUUUUUUAAAUAUGUGCCGUUAAAAAAAGUCAAAGGCAAAUGCAUUCAAGAAACAGGUCAGUCCUACCAAGGGCUUUCUCAGCUCACCACAGCAAUCCUGCCAUUUCAGCCCUUUGUAAAUAGAAAAGCACAGGAUCUAAAUGUGAGGGGGAACCAAUCCAUCUUUUUCACACCAGGACCAUCAAUGUUUCGCAGAGAUUUUUUACUUCAGACCCAGUUCACGGCUGCUGUCCCAUGCCACAGACCCUACUCGAUCGGUGCUAUCAGCUGCAUUGGUAAUGCCAUGUCUGCAGGACACAUUCCAACCAAAGUUGGCUUUCUGCUCUGCCAAGGCAAGAGUGUAUAUGUAAACAUCAUUUUAUACUGAGCGUUAUUUAGACCUCCUAGGGGUUUUCUUUCCUUUCUCGCCAGAAAUAAGCACAGUGUAAGAAUCCUCACAUUCCUGUCUUACUGGUAAAGCUGUUGUUUCCCUCCCCUUUUGUCCAGGCAUCAGAAAAUGAUGC